AUGAAAGGUCUCUGGCAGGUGCUUCCUAUGUAUCCUCUCUUUUGUGCCAUUUUCUUUAUAUUUCUCUAUUCCCAACCUUGUGCUUCCACUUCCAAAAAUCUCAGCUGCAAUUCUAAUGAUCUGAGAGCGCUAGAGGAUUUCUCAAAUGGUCUUGAUUCGAGGAUCGAUGGGUGGAAAUUUCAUGAUGCUCUGGCUGCAAACUGUUGCAGUUGGCCUGGGGUGCGCUGUGCUUUGUUCUCAGUUUUCUCCUCCUCGUUCUCAAUAAAUUCUACCGAUCCAAGCUUAAGGGUCGUGAGUUUGGAUCUCGCAAGCACAGGUCUAGAAGGGCUUCUCUGGAAUUCUCUGUUAGGUUUGGAUCAGUUGAGCUUCCUCAACCUCUCCCAUAACUCCCUACGUGGCACUGUCCCUCCAGAGUUGUUUCAUUUACGGCGGUUGGAAGUGCUGGACCUGAAGAGCAACAACUUCACUGGUGAGCUAGAUCAGGGUAUCAGUAACCUUACAAGCUUGUCCUACAUCGACGUCUCCUUCAAUCGAUUCACCGGAUUCAUUCCGGAUUCAUUUCAUGGCCUUCAGAGGCUGGAGAGUUUCUCUGCUGAAUCCAACUGUUUGGAAGGUCGAUUACCCAAUUCACUCUCAUCUUGCUCGAUGCUUAGUUUGCUCAAUCUGAGAAAUAAUUCUCUUGAUGGUAAUAUUGACCUUAAUUUCGCUAGUUUGGUUCAACUAGUUGUUCUCAAUCUCGGAUCUAAUCGUUUUUCCGGUCAUAUCCCGAAGAGCUUGUCUUCUUGCAGAGCUUUGCAGGUUCUAAACCUUGCUAGUAAUAAUCUUCAUGGAAAAAUUCCCAAAAGUUUUAGGAACCUUCAAGCUCUCUCCUAUCUGUCAGUGUCAAAAAACAGUCUUUCCAAUGUUUCAGUGGCAUUGCAAACACUACAGGAGUGUCAGAAUCUGACGGUCCUUAUCCUUACAAGGAACUUUUAUGGAGAAGAGUUGCCUAAUAACGGAAUUCAAGGAUUUCACAGCUUGCAAGCUCUGGUUGUAGCAGAUUGUCCUCUCACUGGUUCGAUUCCCUCGUGGUUAGCAAAUAUCAAAGAGUUGAGUUUGCUAGAUUUGUCUUGGAAUCACUUGACUGGUGGCAUUCCAUUGUGUAUUAGGAGCCUGGAUUAUCUCUUUUACCUGGACCUGUCAAAUAAUUCACUCACUGGCGAGAUUCCUAUGAGCUUAACGAAACUAAAAACCCUCAAUUCUGAUUCUCUUUCACACAAUGGGUCUUCUUCACAUGGCAUCCCCUUCUUCUCUUGGAAAAAUCCAACACGUCUCCUGUGGUACAAACAAUAUAUAAACUUCCCCCCAACAGUGGAUUUGAGCAAUAAUAUGAUGGAUGGAACAAUCUGGAAGGAGAUUGGCAACUUGAGGCUUCUUCAGGUGCUUGACCUGAGCAAAAACAACUUCACAGGUUCUAUUCCUGAUGAAUUGUCGGGCCUUCGAAAUUUAGAGACAUUGGACUUGUCUUUCAAUGGUUUAUCAGGGACAAUACCUGCCUCCCUUGUCAACCUUACGUUUCUAUCUUCGUUCAAUGUUGCUCACAACCACUUGCAGGGCCAAAUUCCCAAGGGAGGUCAGUUUUCAACCUUCUCGAGUUCGAGCUUUGAAGGGAAUCCUGGUCUCUGUGGUGAAUUUUUCUUAGUUUGCUACUCCACUUCAAAGCCUCCCGAGGAGGAGGAAAAUGACAGAGAAGAAAGUAAUGUUGUUCUCGAAGGACUGCCUCUUGCCAUGGGAUUCAUAUCUGGCCUUCUCCUGAUAGUAAUCCUCGUUAUUCUGCCGUUACUGAAACAGGGUUGA